AUGAAUGUUGAGGUCAAGUCGGCGUCACCAGAAGUUUGGGCUGAUCGUAAAUCUGCAUCUCCAGCCAACUACUUCUCGGACGCGCCCGUCACCGCCGAGUGGCCGAUGCUCGAUAAUACACAUCUGAUCGCAUUGAAGGCCCUGUGGCUUCUUGAAACAGUCUGGAUCGCUCAGAGGCUGAUGUUCAUCAGAAUCAAUGUAUUUCCUUCGGAUCCAGGCGGAUUCAACGCUCAACUUUGGGAUUGGCGUUGCUCAGUUGUAUGCCCAUCUCCAUCAGGAGGGCUGAUCGAUGUCUGGAUCCUGCGCUAUGCGGAGCGGAUCGUUUGGUUGGUCAAGUGCUGGGUGCCGUCGGAAAGUUUGUUCCUUCUCUGUCGUUUGCUGGGCGUUCGCACAGAGGACGAAAAACAAACCAAAGUCUCAAAACUCGCCAAGAAUGAGCUCCUAGUCAUUAACAUUGGCGCAACAUCGACUGGCGGACAAGUACUGAACAUGAAAGGGGAUCUCGAGAAGAUUCAAAUGACCUCACCCACAUGUACCGAAGUUGGGGAGAAGGUUGUUCUCAACUGCUCCCGAUGUAUUGGCACCAAGACAUAA